AUGCGUUAUGAUGAGGACGGUGGGAACCCAAGGGUUCCCAUCACAGGCGAGUAUAUCCAUUCUAUUCUCUCGACCCCAGCACUCAAUCAGUCUGUGUUGCAGCAUACUUCUACUUCCAUCGAUGAUGCCGUCUGGAUUUAUUACCAAAAUGUAAGAGGAUUGAGGACCAAGCUGGACAAUAUAUUUCUCACUUCUCUCGACUGCGGCUAUGACGUUAUAUUGCUGACGGAGACUGGACUAAACGAUAGCAUCAAUUCACUGCAAAUUUUCGGAUCAUCGUACAACGUUUUUCGAUGUGAUCGAUGUUCUCUGAAUAGAGACAAUCGUAAUUUUGGCGGUGUACUGAUAGCUGUCGCCAAUCGACACGUGAGCACACGCAUCGACACGCUUAACGGAAAUCGGCUGGAGCAAGUCCGGGACGUUGUUUUGAUGGAAGAUCAUAUCGCCACCGUCCGUGAACUAAGUGUGUCCGCCAACUCCGAAGCUAUCAUUCUCGCUUGUGGCGACUAUAACCAGCCGCGUUUAGCAUGGUCUAACGACGACAACAGCUUACGUCUCGACAACCCGAUACUUUUGACUCCGGCGAGCGCAGCGCUGAUUGACGGAAUGGAUUUCUUGAACAUGAAUCAAAUUAAUGCACAACUAAAUCACCUGCGCCGUACUUUGGAUUUGGUUUUUGUAUCCGAAGGAAGCCAUGCUGAAGUAUUGACCGCCGUUGAUUCACUAGUGUCCGUAGAUCCUAAUCACCCUCCUUUGACCAUUCGCUUCAACGCACCAGCUAAAUCAGUGACUUCGCUUCCAGUGGGAAAUGUAGAAGAAAGGAAAAUAAAUUACCGCAAAAUUGAUUUUGACAGCCUUUCUGCCCAUCUGUCCGGUUCUGAUUGGAGUUGUAUCUACGAUUGUACCAACGUCCAUGACAUGGCAUUCAAAUUUUGCGACAUCAUUCGCCAAUGGCUGAUUGCGAACGUUCCUUUAAAACGGUGCCCAAUUUCACCUCCUUGGAGUACGCCUCUCCUCCGGAGAGCGAAGCGUGUACGCAAUCAAUGGCAGCGACGUAUGCGAACUCAUCGAUCCAACUUUACAAAAGUCAAUUUCAAACAUGCAAGCGAUGACUACAGGCAUCUAAAUGCUGCACUCUACAAAUCACAUGUAUUAAGGGUGCAGUUUGGUCUACGUCGUGAUCCAAAAUCCUUCUGGAACUUCAAUCGCAAACGCAAAAACCCAAUAGUUUCGUCCAAUUUAGUGUAUGAAGACAAGGAAUCCAGUGAUUAA